AAAAACGAAGAGUAAUUGAAAGAAUUCGUCAUUUUCUACUAUUUUUCUUUCAAAUCUAAACCGAAAUGUACGGUAAUCGGAAUAAAACGAUUGAAUCCGAAAUGUUCAUCAAAUCGAAGCGAAAAAAUGAGAGGUCGUUGACGUCAUCAACAUCAGCCACAUCUUCUGAUGCAAACCAAUCUGAAGGUUUUAAACUUGUGAAUUCCUCAACUCCCCGUCCAAUUCGCCAUGUCGAUAAUCAAUGUUUCUGCUAUGAUAACCGGCAGGAUUGUUCCACAUGCAGCAUUGAUUCAACAGACGAGAGUGAUAUUUUUGUGUUAGACUCUUCUGAAACAAGGUCACGAGCAGGUUCCUGUCAACAAGAAUCUUCUUUAGAUGGAUCAGCUGUGUCUGAACUGCAUAGUGCCGAUUUUGACGAUCUUCUUGAAAGUUUGGAACGAGCAACUAAAGAAGUUCAAGAGAGUUUUUAUCACAACUCGCAAAUAUUUGGACAAUUGAUGGCAGUUCAUGGAUUUCAGAGAGCUACGAUCGAUGAUGAUCUGGACCAUCUGAACCUGAAGACAUCUUCAAAAACAUCAAAAUCUUCUGAAACAUUUGAGCCAUUUGAUCCUUCUGAGAUGCUACUAGACCGAUGUCAUACAGAGCAUGCACAACUUCGGAGUUAUUAUCUUCAAAGAUUGAUUGAUGAAGAUAUAAUGCGAUCGAAUGUUGCAAGAAUUCAGGAAUUGACAGAAAAAUUCAAAAAUUUUGAAACUGCUUCAUCUUCUGACUCAGAGAUCUCGGAGCCAACGAUUUCUUUGGAAGAAGACCUGCACAAAAUUCUGGAUGAUGUGUCCACGUGUCAAUCUUUUUGUCCCGAAGAUUUUUGAACAAUGGAGCAACGAGUCAUGUCUGUCAGUUUCACUCUAUCGUUAGAGGUGCCCACAACUUUUUAUCCUCUUUUUUUUAAAUUUCGAGUAAAUGUUUGUUU